AUUAUAAUUUCAUUUGGAAGCCACGUCACUAUAUUCAGCCGCGUCAUCGGCCGCCGGAGACGCGCACGUGCACCAUCGACGAUCAAUCCGCUGCAGAGAAGCCACUGGAAAUCCACGUCGGCAUCGGGCCGAGGGAAGUGGCUUCACAAAAAGGGCCCCCGAGCUAUCUCCCGAUUCCCAUUUUUCUCCCCGCCUUUCAAUUUUUCUAGUCCGACUGCCGAAAGUAGGCUGGGGAAAUAAGACUCGCGCUUAUUGGUCUCCUUUGUUGUGCAUAAACCCUAGUAUUUACUCGGAUUCAUCGGUUGCUCAGUUCAUCGAGUUGGUGCUCUUUGGUGGGAUCUUUGAUUCUGUGCCACCCCUCGAGGGGAUUAGUUAUCGUAUAUCUUGAGCUGGAUUUGAGUUUAGGCAAGUGUUUCUUCUUGGUGCUCUGGGUUGAAGUCGAGGGUUUGGUUCUCAUGAGAAUUGUUAGGGGGAUGCAGAAAUCGGCCUGUGGGGAGGAGAUCGUGCAGGGUUGGAAAGAUUUGUUCUGCAAAGGAAUUGGCAUCACAGCGCCCAAGGCGAGAACUCGUGAUAAACCUGUGGGCUUUGUUUGGAAUCUCUGAUUUGCGUGAAGGGGCACGAAAGUGGAGAAAUAAAUAAAGGACGGCCUGGUGUUUCUGUAGAGCAGGAUGACUCGAAUAUUGGUUCAGCGGGGCUCAGGGAGUUCUUCCACGAGCCAAAACCGCCCGUCUUCAAGUUCAGUUCCACCGCCUGUGCCACAGGGUGCAUCAAACACUAAGGAGGAACAGGAAAAGGAGCAGACUCAGGAUCCUAGUGGUUUGAACGACCUUAUGCAGCAUUGUGUUGGUAUUGAUGAGAAAGUCGCUAGUAGCAAUGAGAUUCCAACUGAAAGUUCUCAGGGAAGUAAGAUUGAAGUUACGAACAUUGAACAAAUUGAGAACAAAAAACCUUAUAUUGAAGAAUCUGUUGAGUCUGCUGUUAGAGUAAGAGUUUCUGGCGGGCUUCAUUUAUCUGAGAAGUUGGAACGUGAUGAUUCUGUUUCUGUGGGUGUUGGGCCAUCGCAAAUGCUCAUUGGUGGGUCUAAUCCCCCUCCUCCUCCUGUCCCACCUCCAAAGCCAUCGUCAUCAAAUACGGGAUCAAGAAGAUUAGGGCUUGGGUUUUCUAAUGCAGUGACUAUUGGUUCUAGAAGACAAGUGGCACGUCCUGUGGUUUCUACAUGGUCAUCAGCUUCAGGCUCCUUGCCUUCUUCUCCUAGAUCAUAUGUGGAUGGUGAAGGGUACAAUAGUGCAGAUGAACAGGGUCCUUGUUUUUCCUCCCCUUAUAAUGAUGUGGAAAGGGAGCGACUCUUUGAAAUUGAAAUUAGGCGGGUGAAGGGUUUAGAUGUUAAGAAGAUGGCGGAAGACGGUAAUUGCCUAUUUCGAGCCGUUGCUGACCAAGUUUAUGGUGAUCCUGAAGUGUAUGAUUUAGCCCGGCAGAUGUGCAUUGAUUACAUGGAAAGGGAAAGGGAUCAUUUCUCACAGUUCAUAACGGAGGGCUUUACAGCAUAUUGCAAGAGGAAAAGGCGAGACAAGGUUUAUGGAAAUAACUUGGAAAUCCAAGCCUUCUCAGAGAUGUACAAUCGUCCUAUUCACAUUUAUUGCUACAGUACAGAACCUAUCAACAUCUUCCACGGAAGCUAUGGGACAGACACACCACCAAUUAGGUUAAGUUACCACCGUGGAAAUCAUUACAAUUCACUUGUUGAUCCCCGCAGAUUGACAAUUGGGGCUGGCCUUGGAUUUAGCUGUCUUCGGGAGGCAAAUGUUGAUAAGGACCAGGUGAAGGCUGCUAUCAAGGCCCAGCAAGACCAGCAGAUUGACAAUGCACUUCUUGCUGAGGGACGUUUCUACUCGGACUUGGAGCUAACAGAGAAAGAAAUAGAGCGCAUGGUCAUGGAGGCCUCUCGAGCUGAAUAUCUUGUUGAGGACAAGUUGAGGCAACUUUGUUCGCAGGAAACUUCCACAUCUAGAGCUGAACCAUCUUCUUCUGGUACAAGAGUUACAAGUCGAACAAUCGUAGCCAAUCUCAAGUAAGGGUUUGGCACUUUC